GUGCGGACCCUGAACGCAUCUCCGCUUGUCACUACAGUUACUAUAGCAACGCGGGUAGCUCGGGAUAGCUAACGUUAGCUAGCUGAAAAGAGUUUAAUGCACACGUAGACUUCAUCAUAAUGUCGAAAAUGGAGGAUCGCUUUGCCUUUCUUACUGAGUGGUACGACCCCACUGCUUCUCUCCUGAGGCGCUACCAACUGUUCUACUACCCCAAAGAUGGCUCAGUGGAAAUGUUUGACGUGAAAAACCAGCGAAUAUUUUUAAGAAGAACCAAAUACGACAACCUUCAUUCAGAGGAUCUGUUCGUUGGGAAUCGGGUGAAUGUGUUCUCACGACAGCUGAAUCUGAUUGACUACGGAGAUCAGUACACGGCGAACAAACUCGGCAGCAAAAAAGAAAGAACCCUCGCCUUGAUAAAACCAGAUGUAGUGACCAAGAUCGGAGACAUCCUUGAGUCGAUAUACUCCUCCAACCUGAUUGUGACCAAAGCCAAAAUGACAAAGCUCACGUGGAGCCAAGCGGCAGACUUUUAUGCAGAACAUCAGUCAAAGCCGAUCUUUAACAACCUGGUGCAGUUUGUGUCCUCAGGCCCUGUGGUUGCCAUGGAGCUGGUGGGUGAUGAGGCCAUGUCUAUCUGGAGGAGGCUCCUGGGACCUGCAGACUCCGCUGUGGCACGGAAGGAGGCGCCGCAGAGUGUCCGUGCCCAGUUUGGAACAGAUGGCGUCAAAAAUGUUGGCCACGGCUCAGACACAGUUGCUGCAGCGGCUAGAGAGCUCGAAUUUUUUUUCCCUUCCACGAUUGGCCACGGUCCAUCAAAUACAGCCCUCUACACAGACUGCACAUGCUGCAUCAUAAAGCCUCACGCCAUAUCAGAAGGUCUGACCGGAAAGAUCCUGAACUCCAUAUCUGCAGCUGGAUUUGAGAUCUCCGCCCUUCAGAUGUUCAAUGUCGACCGGGCAAAUGCAGAAGAGUUCUAUGAAGUUUACAAAGGUGUUGUCACAGAGUAUCCUAACAUGGUGACCGAGCUGUGUUCUGGACCCUGUAUGGUUCUGGAGAUCCAUGGCACUGACACACCAAAGUCGUUCAGAGACUUCUGUGGACCUGCAGAUCCGGAGAUUUCCCGGCACCUCCGUCCAAACACGCUGCGAGCUCUGUACGGCAAAGAUAAAGUGAAGAACGCGGUCCACUGUACGGACCUCCCUGAAGACGGGGUUCUGGAGGUGCAGUACUUCUUCAAGAUUCUGGACGGGUGAACGCAAAGAAAGAAAAGAUGUUGCUGCACACACAAAGACUUCACAGUUGUCUCAUGUUUCUGUUUAUUGUUUCAGCCUUAUGCAGAUUAAAUAAAGUGACAAGAGCAGA